UAGAAGCAUUGCAAAUAGAGAUUAUUCUUGCACACAAGACCUGAUCCAGUGUUUGUUUGUCAGAUGGCCUACACGUGCAGAGCAGAAUAAAGUAGACGGGAAAAGACGGACACAGAGAGACCCUCGCCUUGUUGCUUUCCUUGCAAACACCAAGUGUCCGCAAGGUAGUACGAUUGCGGUUUAGCCCUGCUUCUCGCUUUGGAAUUCCGACCAUUACUUUUGCAUUUGAGAACAUGGAUUCCACCACAGAAGUACCGAAAACCUGCAAGGUUGUCACAGCAGAGACCAUUGCAAAGAGUCUCCUAGAGGAGGUUAGAUCGCAAAAGGGGACAGAUUCGAAACCUUAUCUGGCUGCUUUCCUGGCCAACGACGACCCGGCCGCUCUUCAAUAUGCCCAGUGGUCCAAAAAGACUUGUGAAGAAAAUGGGUUUGAAUUUGACCUGCGACAGGUUGGAAAGGAUGCGCUGGAAGAGGAGAUCAUCGCUGCCAAUGAGGAUUCCAAAGUAGACGGCAUCAUCGUCUACUACCCGAUCUUUCCGGGCAACCCCACGCACGACAAGUACAUUCAGGAGACAGUGGCUCUUGAGAAGGACGUUGAGGGCUUGUGCCACAAGCACCUCUACAACAUGUACCACAACGUCAGGUUUCUUGACCCUCCCACCAACUCCAAGAAGUCGAUACUGCCCUGUACGCCCCUUGCAGUCGUCAAGAUACUUGAGCACCUCCAGAUCUACAACUCGAUUCUGCCGUAUGGGAACCGUUUGUAUGGCAAGACCAUCACCGUCAUAAACCGCUCGGAGGUCAAUGGUCGUCCACUGGCGGCACUUCUGGCAAACGACGGUGCCAAGGUCUACUCUGUCGACGUCACCGGCGUGCAGCUGUUCACCCGCGGGCAGGGUAUUCGGCAGCCACGUCACCAAGUCCUCGACAAGGAGGAUUGGGGACUCAAGGAGUGCAUCCCACUCAGCGACGUCAUUAUUGGAGGCGUCCCUGUCGCUGAGUUCAAGAUCCCGAUCGAGCUCAUACGCGAGGGCGCUGUCUGCAUCAACUUCUCGUCCUUCAGAAACUUUGAUGGGCCUGCGGUGAAGGAGAAGGCGUCUAUAUACGUCCCGUCUGUCGGAAAGGUCACGAUUGCUGUGCUCUUGCGGAACCUAGUACGCCUCAUUGCCAACCGGAAUCCAGGUGUUGAAGCGGCAGCAUCAAAGUCAUAGUCUGGUGCGAGUGACAAGGUAGGACGAUACCAGGCAAGCAAGCCUUGGGAGACAAUAAAUUAGAAUGUGAAAAUCACCAAUCAUGUAGUGGCUCUGAGAGCCAUUCGGAUAGAGAUAUGGAAUUUUGCCCGUAUCAGUGCUACAAAGAACAAGGGGCUAGAAUGACGAAGAUAAAAGACUCAUCGGUGUGUGCCAUUUCAUCUAUAGCAUGGCAGCGUGAAGGAUCAUCUCUACAGUGAAGGUAGAAAUAGUUGAUAUGAUGUUGGGCUCAUUGGAUGCGGAAGACCAAUGUAACUACCUAGAUGAUGGCAAGAACCAUCGUGAUUUGAGUAUGUACUCUUUCCUAAGUGUUUGAUGGCGGGCAGGAUGUGGCACCAUAAACGCGCUCAAACGUGAGCGUUUUUUAAUUCUUUUUUUUCCUCCUUCUCUUAGAUAGUUGUGUUAUAAUUCGCCCAGAAAUGUCAGGACGGGGUACCUUUAGGCCUGGGUGGUAGUUGUCGCAUCUAAGUCUCGGGUUGGAAAGCACUACAUGUUCUAAUAUACGGUACUAUACAUAUAGAUGAGAGUGUAGCCAUGCUCGUUGUGUAUCCCAAUGAGUUGGCAGUGCAGUAGAAGUUAAAGCUCGCAAUCCCUGUCAUCAUAGAGAUGGUUGCAAUUGCUGUCGCAUUCAUCGAGAUAAAGGGAGGAAGUAUCUAGGCCGACCACCCUAUGAGGGGCGAUACAAUCCCCGAAGCAGUCCCUGUAGCGUUCUCCAGCAACGGUGGCGGUAAGGGCGAUAGCGAAAACAGCGAGGAUGGCAGUUAUGGAACGCAUUUUUAGAUUAAGAACCAACUAUACUUGUGCUGGCGAUGAUUUUGUCAGGAUGCAAAAUAUCCAAGCAAAUAUUGUAAGCCAUCGAAACAGGUAGCACUAUGGCAUAUGGGACGGAAUUUUCAACCUUGGAC